GAGAGAGACAGAGAGAGACAGAGACAGAGAGAGUGAAUGAAGCGGUCACACUUUUAUGACAACACAAUAUUCAAACAUCUAUUCUGGACACAUUCACAAAUCAUGAUGCAGUUGUGAUUUCUCCGAGACUCAUAAUCAUUCAGUGUGUUCAGAAUGACCUCCAAUCAUUAAGUUUCAACUCAUUAUGAGAAGACGACAGUGGACAUUGAUGCAAUCAUGGAUAAUGUUACUGUUGUCCUUUACACCAUCACCAUUGUACUGGGUGUCACUGGGAACUCCGUGGUCAUCUGGGUGGCCGGAUUUCGUCUGAAGCACAACGUCACCAACGUAUGGCUGGUAAACCUUGCUGUGGCCGACCUGAUCUUCUGCUUUACACGCGUCACAUCGCUUCUCAAGAAACUCUUCUUUGACCACUGGCCCUUUGGAGUCUUUCUCUGCAAGUUUAAUGGCUUCUUCAAGUACGCCAACAUGUUCUGCAGUGUUUUUCUUCUGGCCGUCAUCAGUGUGGAUCGAGUGCUUUGCGUGUGGCGCCCAGUCUUCACCAGGGAAAGACGGACGCUAUGCGCUGCUCGUGUGGUCAGUUUAGGGGUCUGGAUUGUGGCGAUGAUCUUCAGUUCGCCAUACUUCGUUUAUCGGGAGGUCUACCUUGGCGAUAACAACUUGAGCAAGUGCUCACUGGAGGUAAAAGAAUCAUCAAAGAAUGACAAUACAGCAAAAAACGCAUUGUACAGCAUUCGUUUCUUAUGUGGCUUUCUCUUACCUUUCCUGGUUAUUCUCUGCUGCUACAUACUAGCAGGUAUUGGAAUACGAAGAACAAGGCUUUCCGGUAAAUCUCGGCCUCUCCGUAUUCUCGCCGGAUUGGUCUGUGCGUUUUUCGUAUGUUGGGCUCCCUACCAUUGCCUGCUGCUCGCCAAAAUGGUGAACAAAAAGAGCCACGCAGUCAAAAUUGGCCUGCCCAUAGCCAAAGGCCUGGCGUAUUUCAACAGCUGUGUAAAUCCUUUUCUGUACUUCUGCAUGGGAGUGGAUGUUAGGCGACGCUUCGGGCAAAGUCUGUCUGGGAUUUAUCGCAGGGCGCUGAUGGAAGAUGGCCAGACAGUGCAGUCUCAAGAGGGCACCAUUGAAGAAAACUCAAACUCCAUUCCAAAGACUAAAAGCAUAGUUCGAAAUAUAGUCGAGGGUGGGACAAAUGUUUAAAAAACCUUUUCAUGUUUGAAGGAACUAUAAACUUAAACUUUAUUAUCAUUUCUUUUACUUUAAAAAAUGUUUCAAAGACUUUUUGUUGACUGUGCUUUAAACUUUUUGUGGUUGUGGUUAAAUGCGGAGUGUGAUAUGAACUAAGUGUCAAUGAAACCUGAAAGAUUUAUUUUCAUGCUUCCUUCUGUGAGCUUUUUCACUCAUACAGUUCUCAUAUCUUUUACAUCAUUCACACCAUCAAUUCUGAAAUAGAAUCUAACAUUUCCAAGCAAGACCUGAUACUUUUUGCAGAUAUGUCUUACUGUAAAUGUCAGGAACAAAUACUAUUAAUUGACUAUAACUAUAUUAGUCAUCAUAUUUGAUCCUGCAGAUGCUCAUUGAAUAUUAAUGAUUUUUUUGCUUUAUCUAUUUUGAAUUUUGGCAAUUUCUGUACUGUUAUUUAAUAAUGCUACCCAUAUGUUCAGAUCAAUGUAUAAUCACUUGAUUUUGUAUGUUUGCUUUCUAGACUUUAGAUUUUAUUUAUUACUUUCUUUUCUGUAUUUUACAAUAUUUCUUCAAAAUAUUAUCAUUGAUUAACAUAUACAUUUAUUGUCCUUAUGCUGAUUCUGUCAAAUCCUGACAAAACGCAGCUGUAAAACUGACACCAAAUGACUGAAUACAGAGGGAACCAUUUCAUUUCUGUUGAAUCAACAUUAAAAAAUACUCUAUGAGUUUACGUCUUCCCCCUGAGACAGCUACCCCACUUCGUGGAGACAGAAGUCUCACACCUCACCAAGAUUAAAUCUGUUUCUCGUCUCCCCCUCUCCUCAUUGUCUCAGCCCAAAGCAUCUUUAAUCUUUGAAUCUGGUCUUGUUUGAUAUCAUUUGAAAUGUCUCAGUGUAAGUGGUACAGUCAUAUGACAACAUAAUUCAAUGUUAAAGUGUAACAAUAAAGUAAGUAAACUUCACUUAAUGUUGGGAGACAACUCCCACCUUAGACCUGUAAACCAAUCACCCACUGUAUGUAGAUAAGUUACAGCCCCUAUAUGUUUACAAUCAGUACCAAAUUCCUAUUAUUAAUAGGAAUUAUUACAAUGCUUUGUUCUCUCUGCAUAUUUAAGGAAAGAUUGUAAAGAAAGGGUUCAUGUGGGUUUUCUAUAUUUAGAAGUAGACCCCAUGAUGUUGUGUCUUUGAAUACAACAUCAUGUAUUUUUAUUUUACUUUAUUUACUAUUCUGUAGCCAGAUCUUCCUCUUUUUGCCAGGUAUGCAAUGUUUUUGUUUCAUUACAACUGUUUAUUGAUUAAUGCUUCAUAUCUGAGUUGGAUUGUUAAUUGAAUUCUGAAUUAUGAUCUCCUUACCUGCACUGUAAAAAAAUU